AUGAAUGCAGAGAGAAGUCGUGCAAAGACGGAAUUCACUGCGCUGAAGAAAAUUGCUGACGAUGCUGAGGAGAUGCUAAAAACCACAACGCAAGAGUUGAAAAAGAAGGAGACAACAUGGAAAGCGGACAAGUCUAAUUUGGAAAGAGAGAUAGCAUCGUUGAAGAAGCAAGUGCAAGCUUGUAGAAACGGAGAAGGAAGCGAACAUGAAGACAAAGCCUCGGUGCAUGAUUCGGACACGGACGAUCCCCCGAGUUCAUUGGCUCGCCAUGAGAGUGACAAGAUAACCGUGAUUGACCUGAAGAAAGAACUUGCGCUUUAUGAAAAGAAGGCAAACAGCUAUCCUUGA